AUGGCUCCCACAUCUUCACUCAUGCCUCCUUCACGGCCAGGCAUCCGACGUCUUUCAUCAAUGACCGCUACCGAAACAGAAGUUAGGCAAGGCGGACCUGUUGUUGUCGUCCCAGAAAGAAUGAUGCAUCAUAGACGAGCUCAUACGCAUAAUGGCGGCUUUGCUGCCUCCAUGGAGACGGCGAGGAAAGAACUGGACGCCCUGAACCUCGAGGAAGAGAGCACUCUGUCAGCCACGUCAAGCUCUCCGCAAACACCUGGCUCUCCAGUCACGCCUCCAGAAGUAGUAAGCGCAGAUGAAUUUGCAUUUGCUUUCGAUAUCGAUGGUGUCCUCGUCCGUGGUGGACGACCCAUUCCAGAAGCCAUUGAGGCUAUGAAAGUAUUGAAUGGCGAAAAUGAGUACGGGAUGAAAAUACCCUAUAUCUUCCUCACCAAUGGUGGGGGUAAAACAGAGGCAGAACGAUGCAUUGACCUAUCACUUCAACUCGACAUUGAAGUCUCCCCUGCGCAGUUUAUCUGUGGCCACACACCUAUGCGUGAAAUGGUUGCAAAGUACGAAACCGUUCUCGUCAUCGGUGGUGAAGGCGAGAAAUGUAGAGAGGUCGCUGAGGGAUACGGAUUCCGUGAUGUCGUUACUCCAGGCGAUAUCAUCAAGGACAAUGCCGCUACCACACCAUUCCGAAAGUUGACCGCAGACGAGCAGAAAAACUCCCGGAAACGCAACUAUGGCGAGACUAAGAUCGAAGCCAUCUUUGUUUUUGCCGACAGCCGUGAUUGGGCCGGCGAUAUUCAGAUCAUGCUUGAUCUUGCCAUGUCAAAAGGGGGCUACAUCGGCACCCUAUCCGAAACGUUUGACGAGGGCCCACCGAUUUACUUCUCUCAUAACGACAUCGUCUGGUCCGCUGCCCACGAUAACGUCCGACUCGGCAUGGGCGCCCUUCGUAAGAUGGUCGAGAUGUUGUUCAAAGAUCUCACCAAAGGCAAGGAGCUUGAGACCAUCGCCUUUGGGAAGCCUCAAAUCGGGACUUUCGAAUUCGCUACUCGUUUGUUGCAGCAAUGGCGCAAGGAUGAGCAUCGUAUCAAUGCUCCUCCCAAUACCGUCUACUUCGUCGGCGACACACCUGAGAGUGACAUAAAAGGUACCAAUAUGUUCAACGAGAAGGCCAAGAACGAAUGGUAUUCCAUCCUGGUACGCACCGGUGUCUAUCAAGAAGGUACCGUUCCCGCAUACGAGCCCAAGGUGACCGUGGACACCGUGCUGGAUGCGGUACACCACGGCAUGAAGCUCGAGUUCGCCAAAAAGAUGAGGAGAGCUAGUGAGAACUUGUCUCUCGACAAUAUUGUCAUGAAAAACAAGAAUUUGAAUGGUGACAACUACUCGCUGAAUGGCGACAGGACUGCCUACCCCUUCACGCCCCCAGCCAGUAUUCGAGAGACCAUCGAGAGUCCUCCUGCAGUAUAG